AUGUCAGUGAAGAGAAUCAAGCUAGCAGAAAUGGCCAAACAAAUUUGUACACAUUCCGGUUCUUUCCAUGCAGAUGACGCACUAGCGGUCUACUUAUUAAGAUUGUUGCCAGAAUAUAAAGAUGCCAAAGUGAUCAGAUCAAGAAACCCAGAAGACUGGGAUGCCAGUGACAUCGUAGUUGAUGUCGGUGCUAAAUAUGAUUCUGUUAAGUUCUUUGACCAUCAUCAACGUGGGUUUGAUGAAACUUUUUCUGAUAAAUAUAAAACUAAGCUAUCAAGUGCUGGUCUUGUAUUCAAACAUUUUGGGAAAAGAAUUAUCGAAUUGCUAGUUACUAAGAAUAUAACAUUGACCCCUGAAAAUGUUGAUUUGUUAUAUAUCAGAGUAUAUGAAAGAUUUGUGGAAGCCUUGGAUGCUGAUGAUAAUGGGAUUAGCCAAUAUGAUACCGAUUUGGAACCACGCUUCAAAAACAAAUCAAUUACUAUUCCAGGUAUUGUUGCUGGUUUAAAUCCAAACUGGAAUGAUGAUUGCUCUCCUGCUAUCUUUGAUGAAAACUUCUUAAAGGCGAGUGAAUUUGUUGGUUCCACAUUCGUGAAUCUAGUCAAAGGAUAUGGUGAAUCAUGGUUACCUGCUAAAUCUUUAGUUAAGGAAGCUAUUGCAAAGAACGAAACUAAUGAUAAGAGAAUUAUUGUCUUAGACCAAUUUUGUCCUUGGAAGGAACACCUAUAUGAUAUUGAAAAGGAAUUGAAUCUUGAAAAUAAAAUUCAAUUCGUUAUCUUUAAAGACAGUUCAAAUUCCUGGAGAGUUUCUACCGUCCCAGUUUCUUCUACCUCUUUCCAGUUUAGAAAAGGUUUACCAGAACAUUUGAGAGGUUUAAGAGAUGAAGAAUUAAGUGAAAAGAGUGGUGUUCCUGAUUGUAUUUUCAUACAUAGUGCAGGAUUUAUUGGUGGUGCCAAGACUAAAGAAUCUGCUUUGAAAUUAGCUAAAAUGUCAUUAUAA